AAAUAAGUCGAAUUUGGCUGUGGAAAAAUGAACCAACUGGAUAAAAAAGAACCGGUGCAGGCGAUCCUGAUCGGUGAUGGAUUCAACGAUUGUUUCGUUCCGUUCACGGAUCGCAAACCGCUGUCGCUCCUGCCGCUGGUCAACGUUCCGCUGCUGGACUACUCGCUGGAGUCGCUGAACCGAUCCGGCGUCGAGGAGGUCAUCCUCUUCUGCAGCAACCAGGUGGAUCAGGUGAAGGCGCACGUCAAGGCGCGCCAGGAUGCCGGCUGCAGCUGGUCCAUCGGGAUGUCGGUGUCAAUUGUUAGCUCCGAGGGAUGCCGCUGUAUGGGUGAUGCCCUGAGGGAUCUGGACGCCAAGGGCCUGAUGCGGGGAAACUUCAUUCUGAUGGGCGUGGAUACGGUGACGAAUGCCAAUCUGGCGGCCAUACUGGAGGAGCAUAAGCGCACGGCGAAGAUGGACAAGGGAGCGGCCAUGACGGUGGUUUAUAAGGAGGGCGUUCCGCAGCAGCGAACGGGGAAUCAAGUUAUGAUAGCGAUGGAUAAGAACAGCAAACGGUUGUUGUUUCAUCAGCGGCUUAAGCCGCUGCAUAAAGAGCGGAAUUUCGUAAUUCCGCUGGAGAUUCUAACUCAGAACAAGGACGUCACGUUGCGGCAUGGACUGGUGGAUCCGCAGAUUGCAGUCUGCAGCAUUACGGCACUGCCGUUGUUUUCCGAUAAUUUUGAUUUUUUGACACGGGAUGACUUCGUGAAGGGACUGCUGAUUAACGAGGAGAUCCUGGCCAGUACGAUCUAUGUGAGCGUGUUGCCGAGCGAGGAAUACGGAGUUAAGGUGAACAAUUGGCAGAGCUAUCAGAUCGUCAGCCGGGACGUGGCCAAUCGCUACGUUUAUCCGCUGGUUCCGGAUAUGGGAGUGUGCGGCAACGUGUUGAGGUACUCAUUCUGUAGGAACAACAUCUAUCGACAUCGGGAUAUUAGGCUUGCCAGGGGAAGCGUACUUAAGGCGGAUGUGGUGAUUGGAGAGAAGUGCGAGGUGGCGGAGAAAACGGUCGUGGAGAAUUCGGUACUCGGAAGUGGGUGUAAGAUUGGUAAGAACUGUCGUAUUACGAACAGUUUCCUGAUGGACGGGGUGGAGGUUGGGGACGGGUGUGAAUUGGAUCAUUGCAUCGUUGGAGAUAGAGCCAAGGUAGGACCGAGCUGCGUGCUGAGCAACGGCUGCAUUCUGGGAGAAGGAGUAGAAUUGCCCAAGGGAACGAAAAUCUCGAAGGUUACACUUCAGUCUUCGAAUCCGGAGGAUGAUUGGACCGAAGGAUCGAAGAAGAUUGGAGAACACGCAUACACAAUUCCGGAUGGCAAUGAGGAUAACGAAGAUAUGCCAGAUUCUGAGGAUGAAGACGAUCAGAACGCAUUCAAUCAUGUGAUGCGACUGAGUCGAUUGGAGAGAACUCAGACACCGUCCGUCUACAGCAGUUCGUCGGAGGAAGGUGAAUCUCGGGCCAUGUCUCCAAUUCAGGAGGACGCGAACAUUUUCCUGUCGGAAGUGCUGGAAUCACUCAAGCGUGGCUAUUCGGAAAAAUCGAACCCGGACUAUUUAAUUCUGGAAAUCAAUUCGUCCCGGUAUGCGUACAACAUGUCCCUGGCGGAGGUGAACUUUUACGUGGUGAAGGCCAUCCUGCAGCUGUUGGUGAUGCAGGAGAAUGCCGCCAAGCAUUUCGUGACCAGUUUGAACCAGCUGUUGACCUACUUCGGAUCGGUGUUCAAGAACUACAUCCGCGGGCGGGAUGCCAUGAUGGACUGUAUGAAAGCCCUGGAGGAAACGUGCGAACAGGAUGAGUUGAUUUGCAGUAAAGUGGCCCAGGUGGUUCACUAUCUGUACGAGAAGGAUUACAUCACGGAGGAGGUCAUUCUGGAGUGGCACGAAGAGCUAGAGGACGGCCCGGAUGCAACGGUGAAGAAGAGCCUCGCCAAGUUGGUGGAAUGGCUGAUGCAGUCCAGUGAGGAGGAGGAUGAUGAUGACGAUGAUGAAAGCGAGUAAGUGUAGGUGUUUAAUAAUAAAGCUGUGUUGGUAAUAAUUAAA